UCUACUGUAGUCACCCCUUCUCCUACUAUAUCAGCAUCAUGGAGGACAUCAUGAACGUAGAGAAGAGUUAUGACUCGCUGCCCAACUUCACUGCUGCUGACUGUCUAAGACUGCUUGGCAUCGGGAGGAACCAGUAUAUUGACUUGAUGAACCAGUGCAGGUCUUCCAAGAAAUUCUUCCGUAGGAAAACGGCGCGAGACCUGCUCCCCUCCAAGCCAGUAGAGAUCUCUGUAGAGCCGUGGUGGGUGGCUCAGACCGGAUACAUCACAGAGGAUGACAUCAGGAUCUGCUCGGUGGCAGAGAGGAAGGCGAUUGAUAAGAUGAUAGAUUCAGGACCCCAACUGGCCGGUUCAAUGGAGUACAAUGUGGUGCUGAGUCUGUACAACAGGGGAUACAUCUAUCUAGACGUGCCCAUCUCUGAUGACAGCUGCAUGUCAGUGCCCCCCCUGGAAGGCUUCGUGAUGAACAGGGUCCAGGGAGACUACUUUGAAACCCUAUUGUACAAAAUAUUUGUGUCCAUCGACGAGCAGACUAAUGUGUCAGAGCUGGCUAAUGUUCUGGAGAUUGACUUGGGCCUGGUGAAGAAUGCUGUGUCUAUGUACUGUCGCCUGGGUUUUGCCCUGAAGAAAGGAAGCUCUUUCAGCUCAGAGCAGCUCCACCCCACAUGGAAGACUGCCCCCUCUGUCAACAGACUGAAGAGCACAGUGGAUCCCAAACAGAUGCUGCUGUCGUGGGAACAGGGGAGUCCUGUGAUGGAGGCUGGAUCUGCGGCUACAGACACAGACACCACCAGCCUGGAGGACCAAGACAACACCAGUGUGAGCAGCCUGAGUAACCCUGGUCCUGCUGCCCCACCCACCAAGAGGAUCGCCUUCCUGUUUGACUCCACCCUCACCGCCUUCCUCAUGAUGGGGAACCUCUCUCCGAACCUGAAGAGCCAUGCGGUCACCAUGUUUGAGGUGGGGAAGCUGUCAGACGAGACCCUGGACAGCUUUCUGAUGGAGCUGGAUAAAGUAGAGAGCACGGCGGAGGGCGAGGCCCAGAGGUAUUUUGACCAUGCUCUGACCCUCAGGAACACCAUCCUGUUUCUCCGCUACAACAAGGAACUAACCACCGACCAGGGCCCUGACCUGCCUAACAACGGCCUCCCUCUGGAUAUGCUGCGCUGUGAGAGUCUGCUGGGUCUAGACCAGGCCACCUGCAGCCGUGUCCUCAACAAGAACUACAAACUACUGGUCUCCAUGGCACCGCUCAGCAACGAGAUACGACCUAUCAGCAGCUGCACGCCUCAGCACAUUGGGCCAGCCAUCCCAGAGGUGAGCUCCAUCUGGUUCAAGCUCUAUCUGUACCAUGUGACGGGCCAGGGUCCUCCCUCCCUGCUGCUGUCCAAGGGCUCCCGGCUCCGGAAACUACCAGACAUCUUCCAGGUCUAUGACAGGUUGCUGAUCACUUCCUGGGGUCACGACCCUGGUGUGGUACCUUCGUCUAACGUGCUGACCAUGCUCAAUGACGCCCUCACACACUCCGCUGUACUCAUACAGGGCCAUGGGCUGCAGGGUCAUGGAGAGACAGUUCACGUCCCCUUCCCGUUUGACCGGGAGGAUCUCAAAGGAGAGUUCUCCUCCUCCAACAUGUGUGUCCACAAGGCCCUGCUGCUGCUGAGGGAGAAGGUGGAUCUGGAGCACCAGUGUGGUUACAUCACCAUGCUCAACCCCAACAACAGGCACCGCAGGAGGGCCAGCGAGAGCUCCGACGGCAGGGGAGACAGUCAUCUGGGAGGUGGGUUGGAGGCCAACAGCAGCACGGAGUCCUUUGAGCUGGUCACAGAGGACAACAAUGGAGGAAAGCAAGCGGCAGAAGUGCCGUUGACAGAAGAUGACUGGGUCCCUCUAGAGCUGUGCUUUGGGAUGCCUCUCUUCAGCUCCGAGCUCAACCGCAAAAUAUGCCGAAAGAUCGCCUCGCACGGCCUCUGUAGCAAAGACAGCCUUCAAGACUUACUUCAUUCCAGCCGAACACUAUCAUUGAAGGUCCUGAGUUUUGUUCAGUCGUUCCAGGAUGGCAGCCAGGGUCAGCCCGACCCUGACAGUGGAGUGUCCGGUCCUCUCAGCCAGCCCCCGGCCGAGUCUGGUGUUCCGCUGCCCGCUCUCAACCUCAUCUUCAAGGAUGGACAGCUGAGGGAGUGGAGUGGACGAGCACCUCCACCUCUCCACAUCUCAGCCCUGCAGAAAGACCAGACCUUAUAGACCCCUCCACAUCUCAGCCCUGCAGAAAGACCAGACCUUAUAGACCCCUCCACAUCUCAGCCCUGCAGAAAGACCAGACCUUAUAGACCCCUCCACAUCUCAGCCCUGCAGAAAGACCAGACCUUAUAGACCCCUCCACAUCUCAGCCCUGCAGAAAGACCAGACCUUAUAGACCCCUCCACAUCUCAGCCCUGCAGAAAGACCAGACCUUAUAGACCCCUCCACAUCUCAGCCCUGCAGAAAGACCAGACCUUAUAGACCCCUCCACCUCUCAGCCCUGCAGAAAGACCAGACCUUAUAGACCCCUCCACCUCUCAGCCCUGCAGAAAGACCAGACCUUAUAGACCCCUCCACCUCUCAGCCCUGCAGAAAGACCAGACCUUAUAGACCCCUCCACCUCUCAGCCCUGCAGAAAGACCAGACCUUAUAGACCCCUCCACCUCUCAGCCCUGCAGAAAGACCAGACCUUAUAGACCCCUCCACCUCUCAGCCCUGCAGAAAGACCAGACCUUAUAGGCCCCUCCACCUCUCAGCCCUGCAGAAAGACCAGACCUUAUAGGCCCCUCCACCUCUCAGCCCUGCAGAAAGACCAGACCUUAUAGACCCCUCCACCUCUCCACAUCUCAGCCCUGCAGAAAGACCAGACCUUAUAGACCCCUCCACAUCUCAGCCCUGCAGAAAGACCAGACCUUAUAGACCCCUCCACCUCUCAGCCCUGCAGAAAGACCAGACCUUAUAGGCCCCUCCACCUCUCAGCCCUGCAGAAAGACCAGACCUUAUAGACCCCUCCACCUCUCCACAUCUCAGCCCUGCAGAAAGACCAGACCUUAUAGACCCCUCCACAUCUCAGCCCUGCAGAAAGACCAGACCUUAUAGACCCCAUCCACAUCUCAGCCCUCCAGAAAGACCAGACCUUAUAGACCCCUCCACAUCUCAGCCCUGCAGAAAGACCAAAGUGUUUUGCCACCUUAAGUACAUGUUUCUGAUGGACUUUCCCUCUUCCUCAUAUUGUCCUAUGAUCAGAACCAACCCCUCCUCCUCCUCUUCCUCAUAUUGUCCUAUGAUCAGAACCAACCCCUCCUCCUCCUCUUCCUCAUAUUGUCCUAUGAUCAGAACCAACCCCUCCUCCUCUUCCUCAUAUUGUCCUAUGAUCAGAACCAACCCAAUCCAACCCCUCCUCUUCCUCGUUUUGUCCAAUGAUCAGAACCAACAGAACCCCUCCUCUUCCUCAUAUUGUCCUAUGAUCAGAACCAACCCCUCCUCCUCUUCCUCAUAUUGUCCUAUGAUCAGAACCAACCCAACCCCUCCUCUUCCUCCUAUUGUCCUAUGAUCAGA